GGAGAAGAUGGGGGCAGGGUGAAGGAGAUUGGCAUCACGGGUUGUGAAUGCAGCUCAAAAUCCCCCAGCCACCCAGCCGGAUUGACCCUGGCCGGAUCCACGGAGCCCGAGUCCCGCGUUGUGUUCACGGUGCGUGGCGACGCUGAUCGUGCGACAUUUCUUUGGAGAUUUCGAGAAAAAAAGGAAAACAAAACAAACAAAAAUAAUCGCUACAAAAAAAAGCCAAGAUAAUUUAUGACAGCGGUUUCUGCCAAGGAGUGGCCGCAUUGCUGGACUAAUUUCAUCGUUCCGAGUGGCGAGUGAGGGCUUUUGAAAGGCGCGCCUGGGCAAUGGCGAAGGAUCGAUGUGGUGGCGGCUCUGGGAGGAUGUACGAGGCGGCGUCGUGAGCGAGUAGAUAUCGACGGAUUGUAAAAUAAAACCACAACUUGCAUCGAGAGAAAAUUGGGAAUUGACCAUCUCUGUGGUGCCGCGCGAAGACAACGCGAUUGUGGGACGACGUGGAAGACUCGAGGGAGCGAGCGACCGAGAGAGAGAGAGAGAGCCAUCGGACGUAAUUGCACACAAGCUCGACAUUCCUGCUCCCUCUCCCCGCCAGCCAGCAAGCCAAGGCGGCCAUCCCUCGUCAGUGAGCCAUCCAUCCCCUCGCUAUUGUUCCUCUCAAGAUGUGUCGCUCGCGUGGAAGCGGCGGAGGAGGAGUUACUGAAGCGACGGAGCGAGGUUUCCUGCUGCGCUCUCUUGCGAACCGCGUUACUCCCGCUCCAACAACUUCAUCAUCAUCAGCAGCAGUAGCAGCAGCAGCAACAUCAUCAUCAGCAGCAGCAACAUCAGCAUCAGCAGCGUGGCGUUCCAUUUCUCCUCGCGGCAUGCUUGGACGAUGCAUGCCGCCGCCGCUGCUGCCGCUGCUGUUGCUGGCGUGGGCGGUCGUGGCCGAUGCGGGUGCCACGUACCCGACCAUCAGCACGACGUCAGGAAAGCUGCGCGGGGUGCGAAUCGUCCUCAACAACGAGAUCCUGGGGCCCGUGGACCAGUUCCUGGGGGUGCCCUACGCCGCGGCCCCCGUGGCCGAGCGACGCUUCCAGCCGCCAGAGCCCCCCAAACCGUGGCAGGGAGUACGCAACGCGACGCUCUUCGCGCCCGUGUGCCCGCAAAUCAUUCGCAGCGACCACCCGGAGGUGAUGCUGCCCGUGUGGUUUACGGCCAACAUGGACGUGGUGAUGCCCUACCUGGAGGAGCAGAACGAGGACUGCCUCUACAUGAACAUCUACGUGCCCACGGAGGACGUCAAACGAAUAUCCAAGGAAUGCGCAAGAAAGCCGGGCAAGAAAAUAUGUAGGAAAGGAGGAGCGAACUCAAAGAAAAAUGCCGAUGAUUUAGCAGCUAUUGAUGGUGACGAAGAUGAAGACGUCCGCAACUCGGGGCCCAAAGCGGUGCUGGUCUACGUGCACGGCGGCUCCUACAUGGAGGGCACUGGAAACCUGCUGGAUGGCAGCGUGCUGGCCAGCUACGGGAACGUUAUCGUCAUCACCGUCAACUAUCGCCUCGGCGUUCUAGGGUUUCUCAGCACUGGCGACCAGGCAGCCAAAGGGAAUUACGGGCUGCUAGAUCAGAUCCAGGCCCUGCGCUGGAUCAGCGAGAACAUUGGAUUUUUCGGGGGCGACCCGCUCCGCAUUACAGUGUUCGGUUCAGGCGCGGGUGCGUCCUGCGUCAAUCUCCUUACCCUGUCCCAUCACUCUGAAGGUAACCGAUGGAGCAAUUCCACCAAAGGGCUUUUCCAGCGAGCCAUAACGCAGAGUGGCACGGCGCUGUCGAGUUGGGCCAUCAACUACCAGCCCGUCAAGUACACCCGCUUGCUGGCCGAAAACGUCAACUGCAACAUGCUGGACACGCAGGACGUGGUGGAGUGCCUACGCUCGCGCUCGUUCCGUGAGCUCGUGAACCAGGACAUCAAGCCGAUGCGCUACCACGUGGCCUUCGGGCCCGUCAUCGACGGCGACGUCAUCCCCGACGACCCGCAGAUCCUCAUGGAGCAGGGCGAGUUCCUCAACUACGACGUGAUGCUUGGCAUCAACCAGGGUGAGGGCCUCAAGUUCGUCGAGAGCAUGGUGGACAUCGACGACGGCGUCUCGGCGGCAAACUUCGACAACAUCGUCUCCAACUUCGUGGACAACCUGUACGGCUACCCCGAGGGCAAGGACGAGCUGCGGGCCACCAUCAAGUUCAUGUACACAGACUGGGCGGACCGCAACAACGCGGAGACGCGCCGCAAGACGCUGGUGGCCCUCUUCACAGACCACCAGUGGGUGGCGCCCGCCAUGGCCACGGCCGACCUGCACGCGCAGUACGGCUCGCCCACCUACGUCUACGCCUUCUACCACCACUGCCAGAGCGAGAUGAAGCCCGCGUGGGCCGACGCGGCGCACGGCGACGAGACCCCGUACGUGUUCGGCGUGCCCAUGGUGGGCCCCACCUUGCUCUUCCCGUGCAACUUCUCAAAGAACGACGUCAUGCUGAGCGCCGUCGUCAUGACCUACUGGACCAACUUCGCCAAGACCGGGGACCCGAACGCGCCGGUGCCGCAGGACACCAAGUUCAUCCACAACAAGCCCAACCGCUACGAGGAGAUGGCCUGGUCCAAGUACUCCCCCAAGGACCAGCACUACUUGCACAUCGGCCUGAAGCCACGCGUGCGCGAGCACUACCGCGCCACCAAGGUGGCCUUCUGGCUCGAGCUGGUGCCGCACCUGCACAACCUGCACGACAUGUUCCAGUACACCAGCACCACCACCAAGGCGCCCUCGCCCUACGCCACGCCGGCCUCCUCCUCCUCCUCUUCCGCCGGGGGAGCUCCCCGCCGCUCGGGGACGCGGCCCUCGUGGUCGGUGACGACCCGCCGGCCCGCCGCCGCCGUCGCCUCGUCCGCGGCGGCGCCCGGGAAGGGCCGCGGGCAGGACGACGGCGCGAAGAAGGGCGGAGACGCGCGGGGCCCCGCCGACGCCUCCAGCGUCCUCGUCGAGGACCAGCGAGACUACUCGACGGAGCUGAGCGUCACCAUCGCCGUGGGCGCCUCGCUGCUCUUCCUCAACGUGCUGGCCUUCGCCGCGCUCUACUACCGCCGGGACAAGAGCCGGCACGGCGCCUACCGCCGGCAGAGCCCCGAGCGCGGGUGCGGACCCGAGCGGCCGGUGGGCGCCGGCGAGCGGAUGGGUCGCGGCAACCGCGACGAGGAGGUCAUGACGCUGCAGAUGAAGCAGCAGCAGCAGCAGCAGCAGCAGCUCGGCGGCGUGGAGAGCGAGGAGCACACCUGCGACUUCCCGUGCGUGGCCCUGGACUCGCUGCGGCCCAACGUGGCGGGCGGGCCCGAGUGCGACUACGCGCUCGCCAUGCGGCGUUCGCCCGACGACAUUCCGCUCAUGACCCCCAACACCAUCACGCUCAUCCCGAGCGCCAUGCAGCCGAUGCACGCCUUCGGCGGAUUCGCUGUCAUGAACAGCGCCACUCUGCCCCACGCGCACUCCACCACCCGCGUCUAGCCGCGAGCCGCCGGACUCUGCCUUUUGCAACUCUCGCUACGAAGACUGGCUAACCUGGUGGUCACAAAACAAUGUACAGAGAGACACGAAUGUGCCAAGACCUUUUGAUGUGCGGAACAACGAACGGUCUUUAUUGAAGUGAUUUUACUCCUAUUCUCAUUUCCCCCCGAUAGCUGCUGUUACCUUGCCAGGCGCGACCGGCGUAUGAAGAUGUCCUUUGUUUGGUUUUAUACAGCAAUAAAACUUUUUCGUAAAAUCUUACCACCCCCCCCCCGCCCGCCCGCCUUCCUCCCCUCUGCUAAUUUUAUACCCUGUAUACAAAAACAAAUCCGUUAUGAAAGACUAUAUGAAUAAUAAAUAAAUGCUUGGAGCAGACUGUAAUCUAUCAACAAAACGAAACAUGACAAUUAUUAAAGUAGUAGAAUAAGCGAGCGCGCAUAAGAGAGAGAGAGAGAGUGUGUGUUGUAUAUGCGGCGUGCGUAUAGACUACACGCAGUCAGCAUAUGCGGUAUAUGUAAGUGUGUGUAUAUAAAACAUUAUACAUAGCGUACAUUAUUAGCAUAUAGUAUAUAAAUAUAACAGCACAGUAAGUUUUCUUUAAAUGCACUUGGCUAGGAUUUAUGCCAAAUUGACCUUCAAGUGCUCUGUCAAAACAAAACCCAGACCAGUAGGCGUACUGUGGCAUUGCUAGCGAAGUGAAUCAAUGGUUUCGUCAUAAUAUCAGCUCCAUUGUCUGUCCUUGUACAAUGGACUCCACUGCUAUAAAUGUAUAUUAUUUUUCCUUUAUCAUUCUGUUGAGUGUACAGUGAAUAAGUGAUUCUUACGAACAAAACAAAAUAAAUAUGUAUAGUAUAUGUGUGUGUUGUGUUGUGUACCUGGGGCAGUCACACACGACGAUGCUUUGUUACGAAAGCGAUUCACGAUAUCAGUCUGAUAAUUCCCAACGUCGGCGAUGUGUAAAAGUUAAGCAAUUUAACAUUUUCUAAGACUAACAGCUUCUUGGGGAAUACAAUGAAAUAAACACUUUUACAAUCAAAAACAUUCAAUUUACAAACAAGCCAUGUUAAGUCGGGACCGUAGUAGCUAGAUUUCUUUUUUUCAUAUCGUCAAAGAGAGCUUUUAAAAAAUAUGAAAGUUAUAGCAGUAAAAAUAUCUGCCAGUGGGGGGGGGGGGAAGCUCCUUCUGCUGGGAGCGGUACUGUCCCGUUGACGUGGGGCAGUGAAUGGAAUAAAACCAAACACGAGGCUCCAACACCUUCGCCAGGUUUAGUUUUCUUACGCCCGAUGCUACCCUUGUUUAGACCACUCCUGUGUCGCGCGCAAUCGCGUGCAGAAAAGGCGACAACGCAUCGAAGGUGCGGCCCGCAGACAGCACAACUCCCAUCAUGCCUUGCACGUCGCAACAAUGCUCUCAGCCGUGUCCAGACCACCUACCCUCUCCCCUAAAAGAGCCGCCCGGUAAAUGUGCAAUGUCGGGCCAACGUUGACCCGACGAUGUCCCGUGUUCACCGGGUGAGCCUGUGGCCGCCGUGUUGUUAUUACUGUUGAGGCCGCAGACGUGGAGGUCGCAUGGCAUGCAGGGCACGAUGGGAGUCGUGCCUUUCUGCUGUUUGUGAGCAGCGCGCCUUUUGCUUGUCGCGAUUUCUCUUUGUUUCCAGCCUGCACGCGUUCUCCUGUUGGGAUAAUGUGGGUUUGACUCAUCACUGACGGCAAAGUGUUGGGUUUGCGACGAGAUGGUAUCAACUCAAUAUUGUCCACAGCACUGUGUUUUUGUUGACGCGUGUUGCUCGCCGAGCCAAGGAUGAUGAGGUGUUUUGUCAUGAUUGUCAACAAAGCUCUGCUUGCAGCCGACUGAUUAUUUCUCACCAUGUAAAAUUGUUAUAUCCUGUACUUUUAUUUCGUUACAGUAUUUGUUUUCAGGGAUGAAAGACAAAUGGUUAAUUACAUGUUGAUCUUUUUUCUUUAUGGAUUACAUGGAUGUAAGUGAUUUGCUAACGCUGCUUAGUGUAUAAAGCUAAUAAACAUGAAGUGACAACGCUUAAUAUAACUCUUUAUUGUGUAUUGGGCUCUUAGGGACCGUGUAGGGUUACUUUUCAUGUACUUAGAGCCGUUAUUCUUUACAGUGUUAAACUUUAGUGAGUGCGGUGCAAUGCUAUGUUGUGUUACAGUUACUUUCCCAUAGUCUACAGUCAUUUUAAAGUGACCAUCUUAAUUAUAUCACAAUAAAUGCUUUGUUGCUCACCCAUAAAUUGCCCAAUGUGCUAUAAGAAAAGAAACUGUCUAUAAUGAAUAAAAAGCUAUCAUACACAA